AUGGGAGGAAAACCACGACGGGAAGUGGCCCCGGCCGAGACUCCUCCGCGCUUGGCUCCGCAGAGGCACCAGGGACUGCGGGCUGCAGCUGGCUUCGAGCUGGAGGAGCCGAGCUGCCCUGCCAUGUCGUCCUCCAAACGCCGAGACGCGGAUGAGGUUUUCGAUUUUAAUGAUGUGAUUCCAGAGACCCAGAGGCUGGACAGCAGUUUGCAGAAGGCCCGAGCCCAGCUGUCGGCCAAGGGCAGGCGGCACCGCCCGUCCCGGUCCCGCUUGAGAGACAGCGUCAGCUCGGCGGAAGGGGACGACAGCCUGGAGAGGAAGGUGGCCGAUAAAUAUGGCAGCCCGCGGCACCGUCUGAGAUCCCCGCUGCACGCCACCCUGCAGGUCUCCUCUCCCCUCUCCGGCUCCUCCCCCUUCCUCCGCGCCACCGAGUUCUCCUUCGACGCCUCCGUGGUCAGGAGGUCGCUGGAGGAGGACGAGCAGCCUUCGUCCCCGCUGAUCCGCUACCGGCCCCUGACCAACGCUUCCUCCCAAGAGGCCUUGGGAUGCACCCCCACCAGCUCGCCCCCCAAGUCCUGCCACAGCUCGGACAGCUCGCCCAUCUACACCCGGAGGGACCGCCGGGCCGAGCGGCACAGCGAAGAUGACACAAGCCCAUCAGAGCCUGCCAGCCCCACCAUCGGGCUUGACAAGAAGACCCGGAGGAAGUUCCUGGAUUUGGGGGUGACCCUGAGACGAGCCUCUUCCAGCAAAAGCAGGAAAGAGAAGGGGAGCAACCGGUUGUCCAUGGGGAGCAGGGAGCUGUCGGAGGGCUCCAGCCGCUCGUCCGUGUCCCCAUUCAUGCCCUUCUCCUGGUUCAUGGACAGUGGGAAGGGCUUGGCCUCGUCCGGCAGCACCGUCUCCCCGACCCGCUCGCCCAAGAGGGAGGGCUUAAGCCCCAAGAAAUCUGCCUCCCAGGACUCCACCCUGAGCGACGACUCCACCCCACCCAGCAGCAGCCCCAAGACGUUGAGCAGCGGCGCCAGCGAGACGAAAUGCUCCUACCCCUACCACACGCUGUCCCAGUCCUCCGACGAGUUCCUGGACGAGCCCCUCAGCGCCGCCACCAGCUGGAGCAGCCAGCAAGUGGGCCAGUGGCUGGAGAGCCUGAACUUGGAGCAGUACGUGGGCGAGUUCGCAGCCCGCGAGGUGGACGGCCAGCAGCUGCUGCAGCUGGAUGGAGCCAAGCUGAAGGCCCUCGGCAUCAGCAGCUCCACCGACCGGGCCCUGCUGAAGCGGAAGCUGAAGGACCUGAGCGUGGCGGUGGAGAAGGAGCGGAAAGCCCAGGAGAAGGUGGAGAAGCAGAGGGAGAAGCAGAAGCAGAAGAAGAAAGAGCAGGAGCCGCAGCGGAGGAGUUAG